GUGAAAAAAGAUGAACAUACCUUCUCUAACAAGGAGCUGCCCUCUGAGCCCCAACUUAUUUGGCAACCGAAGUAUGCGUUUUGAGGGAUAUCCUGUAGGUCCCAGUGAUUUAUCUCGUCCUUCGACCAUCGAAUAUCUCUCUGCUCCGUCAUACAAAUAUUUCAUUCAUUCAAUUCCGUUCUCAUUUUCUGUCUCUCUCUCUCUCUUUCAAUCUCCACCAAAUCAUGCCCCGGAAACUACGUGAAACGUUUCUAUUCGUCUUCACCUCUGUUUUCAUCUUCUUCACUUUCUCUCUCUAUCUCUCCCGCAACACCACCACCAUUAUCAAUAUCAUCCCUCUCAAACAAAUCCUAACUACUCAUUCUUCCUCUAAUUCCGCCAUUAAUGUUAAUCGAUAUCUCACUGUCAACUCUGCUAUUCAAGAAGAUCAACAUGAACAACAUGUCAUUCGCCAAGUAAUAACAUCACCGCCACCAUCAUCAUUGUAUCCAUUCAUCAAACCGGAUUCUAUUCUUUUUCCAGAUUGGGAAAUUCUUAACGUCAUCAAUGAUAAUGGUAAUGAAAAUCAUCAUCUCUUGUUGUCAGAUUCCGAUAACAAAUUCUUAUGUCUGUUCGAUAAAAACCUUACUUCUCCGGCAAUUUAUGCUGGAAUUUUACCUUUUAGUAAUCAAUCAAUGUUUAAAUGUAUCUUUCCAAAUAGGCUCCGUCGAUUUCUUCCUUAUUUUAGUCCGAUUCUUAUCAAUAAUUCAUCACCGGAAACUGUUUUGGAAUCUCAAUCAAUGUUGUCAGAAUCUUCCAAGGAGAUAAUGUUGAGAUGGAAAUUUCUUGUGUAUGAAUCUCUUUCUACAGAUACCGACGUUAUUUUAUUCGUUAAAGGCGUCAACAAUCGACAAGGAAUUAACCGUUCACCUUCUGAAUUCCGUUGCAUUUUCAGUAACAGCAACAAUAACUUCGUCAUCACGGAAGUUAUAAGUUCGUAUCAAGAAGUUUUCCGGUGUAUCAAACCUGAUAAUAACGCUACGUUAUUUCGGGACACCGAUCAAAUCAAGGUGUCUUUGGAAAUCAGAGGCGGUGAAAGAGUGGUUUCGUCUGUGGCGUAUUACACACCCCCUGCGCCAAGUUUAACAGAUGAUAACAAAAAAUUUCUACUGUGCGCGUGUACGAUGGUAUACAACGUAGCGAAGUUUUUGAGAGAAUGGGUAUAUUAUCAUUCGAAAAUCGGGGUGGAUAAAUUUAUCUUAUAUGAUAAUGGAAGUGAUGAUAAUUUAGAUGAAGUGAUUUCGAAGCUUCGGGAAGAAAAUUAUCAAGUGGAGAAGAUUCUUUGGCCAUGGCCGAAAACACAAGAAGCUGGUUUCUCGCACAGCGCAACUUAUGCAAAUGCCACGUGUACAUGGAUGAUGUAUGUGGAUGUUGAUGAGUUCAUAUUUUCACCAUCGUGGUUACAUCCAUCAUCAUCCUCGCCGAUGUCAAUCAGGUCACUACUACCGUCGUCGUCAUCACAUCAUAACAACCAAAGAAGGGUAGGACAAAUAUCAAUAAAAUGUUACGAAUUUGGGCCGUCAAAUCAACGGUCAAAUCCUGUGGAAGGAGUCACACAGGGGUAUACGUGUAGAAGAAAGAUAGAUUCAAGACAUAAAUCAAUAGUAUUACUUGAUGGGAUUAAUACAUCAUUACUGAACGUGAUCCAUCAUUUUGAGUUAAAACAAGGUUAUAGGAAUAAGAAAUUAUCAUUAGAUGAAAUGGUUAUAAAUCAUUAUAAAUAUCAAGCUUGGUCUGAGUUUAGAUUGAAAUUUAGAAGAAGGGUUUCGGCUUACGUUGUUGAUUGGAAAGAUGGGUUGAAUCCUAAUUCUAAAGAUAGAGCACCUGGAUUAGGAUUUGAACCUGUUGAACCUAAAGGAUGGGUUCACAGGUUUUGUGAUGUUCAUGAUAAUAGAUUAAAAAUGGUUACGAAAGAGUGGUUUGGUUCUAGUACAGGAAGAAUGGCUUGGCAAUUGAAUCAAACUAAUUAGAGCUAGCUAGCUAGAGCCUAGAGAUAUAUGGCUGUUGGUUUUGUAGGUUUUUCUCAGUACGAAAGGAAAAUAGAUUCUCAUUCUUUUCAAAAAAAAUUGGUACGGAAAAGGUUGCUUGUUUUACUGACACUAUGUACUGAAAACAUACGAUGAAGCAUUAUUUGUGAGCAAUUAUAGUCAAUACAUUUUUACAACAGUCUUUUUAUUCUGCA